AUGAAAGGACUGAGUCUCUUCGGACUGGCUUCGCUGCCAUCCGCAGCACUGGCGCUGGGAAUUCCCCAGCAAGUGUUGCUUCCUGGGAGCAGCAGCAUCGCCCACGGUCUCGAGGCACUCAAGCCAUCUGCCCGCGAGACUUGUCCACAGGCACCCAAAGUGGCCUCUCCCAAUGACGGACUUCAUUCAUCCUUGACCUUCCUCAAGGACGAGGCCUUCCGUGCCCGCCAGGCCAAGCGGUUAUCACGGGCGGUGCAAGUGCCCACCACCGUUGGCGACUUUGCAACGGAUCCCUACGACGAGUCCUUUGAGCCAAUUGUAGAGUUCCAAUCACUACUGGAAGAGCUUUUCCCUUUGAUUCAUGCCAAGGCAAAGGUCGAGCAUAUCAACCGUCUCGGUCUGGUCUUCACGCUUCAGGGUGCCGAUACCACCCGCAAGCCUAUUCUGUUCAUGGCACACCAAGAUGUCGUCCCCAUCGACGAUCCCUCCGACUGGACACACCCACCCUUCUCGGGCGUGUUCGACGGCGAGUGGAUCUGGGGCCGAGGUUCCUCCGACUGCAAGAACGUCCUGAUCGGACUGCUGUCCUCCAUUGAGGAUCUUCUCACGCAGAAAUGGCAGCCCCAGCGCACCGUCCUGCUAGCCUUUGGUUUCGACGAGGAGUCGCACGGUUUCUUGGGUGCCGGCUCGAUCGCCGCCGCUCUCGAGGAGAGAUACGGCAAGGAUAGCUUCGAGUUCAUCCUCGACGAGGGUGGCAUGGGUCUGCAGAACCUGGGUGAUGAUACCGACAUUCUGUAUGCCCUGCCUGGCGUCGGUGAAAAGGGCAGUCUCGAUCUCGUUCUCGAGCUCGCCGUGCCCGGUGGCCACAGCUCCGUUCCCCCCGCGCACACUGGUAUCGGCAUGAUGGCCGAGAUCAUCUACGAACUAGAGCGACAAGAGCUCUUCUCUCCUCGCCUCGACCCCUCGCACCCUUCAUACGGCAUGCUCGAAUGCCAAGCACGGUACUCGCCGAACUUCGUCGAGCCCUGGCUCUCCGAAAAGCUAGCCAACGGUGACGCCGAAGCCCUCGGUGAAGCAGUAGCCUCCUCGCGCGGUCCAGCCGUGCGCUACACCCUGCAAACUUCGCAAGCAGCCGACCUCUUCAACGGCGGCGUCAAGACGAACGCUCUGCCCGAGAAGAUCUCCGCCGUAGUAAACUACCGCGUGGCACUGCACAUGACACCGGACCAGCUCCGUGACCGCGCCGUCCGCAUCAUCAGCCCCAUCGCUGCAGCCCACAAUCUCACCCUGAACAUCGACUUCCCCGGCGUCUCCAAAACGACCGAUGAAUUCGGCGGAGAGGGCGAUCGCACCCUCACACUGUCCCCGCUCAUGGAGGCCCUCAGCCCAGCGCCCAUCUCCCCAACAGACCCGCUCACCUCCAAGACCUGGGCGCGCUUCUCGGGCGUCGCGCGGAGUGUUUUUGAAUCACACUCUAACCCGCUGAGCACCGAGUCUGAGUCGACUCCGACUGUCGUCGUUACCGGAGAUAUCAUGACUGGUAACACCGACACGCGCUUCUAUUGGUCUCUCUCCGAGAACAUUUACCGCUGGAGCCCGUCGCGCCAGGGUGGUGCGUUUAAUAUUCACACUGUCGAUGAGCGGAUUCGAUUGGAUGUGCAUCUGGAGGGUAUGAUGCUGUACUAUGAUCUUAUCCGCUCCUUUGAUAACUGGGACGAGGAGUCUGCGUAA